AUGCCUCAGAACGAGUAUAUCGAACGGUGGCAGAAGCAGCACGGGAAGCGCCUUGAUCAUGAAGAACGCACACGCAAGCGUAUAGCCCGCGAAUCGCACAAGCAGUCGCACGAUGCGCAAAGCUUCCGCGGCCUGCGAGCCAAGCUAUAUCAGAAGAAACGCCAUGCGGAGAAGAUCCAGAUGAAGAAACGGAUCCGGGCGCAAGAGGAGAAAAAUGUCAAAUCCGCAGGGCCCAACGAGCUUUCAUCCACACCUCUCCCCAACUACCUCCUCGACAGAUCCCAAGAGACAAAUGCGAAGUCUCUGUCAAGCGCGAUUAAGAAUAAGCGUGCGGAGAAGGCCGCCCAAUUCUCUGUACCUUUGCCCAAAGUUAAGGGUAUAAGCGAAGAGGAGAUGUUCAAAGUCGUCAAUACAGGCAAGAAAACUCACAAAAAGUCGUGGAAACGUAUGGUUACCAAACCUACUUUUGUUGGAAAUGACUUCACGCGAAGACCGGUCAAGUAUGAGCGCUUUAUUCGGCCGAUGGGUCUACGAUAUAAGAAAGCGAAUGUUACGCACCCCAAACUCGGCGUUACAGUGCAGCUGCCGAUCAUCAGUGUUAAGAAAAAUCCUCAGAGCCCCAUGUAUACGCAACUGGGAGUUUUGACGAAGGGAACCAUUAUCGAAGUCAAUGUUAGUGAACUGGGCCAAGUCACGGCCAGUGGGAAGGUUGUUUGGGGAAAGCUGGCACAGAUUACCAACAACAGCGAAAAUGAUGGAUGUGUUAAUGCGUAA